CACAACAGCAUGGCCUGCAAGCUGAUCGUCCUCGCCGCCCUCGUGGCCGUGGCCCACGCCGGCUACCUCGGCGCCCCCGCCGUGGUCGCCCCCGCCGGCCCGGCCUACGCCGCGCGCGCCUACGCUGCCCCCUACGCCAGGGCGUACGCCGCCCCCGCCGCCGUGGCCGCUGAGUACGACCCCAACCCCCAGUAUAGCUACGCCUACAACGUCCAGGACGCCCUCACCGGUGACUCCAAGGCGCAGCACGAAACCCGCAGCGGAGACGUCGUCCAGGGCAGCUACAGCGUCGCCGAACCCGACGGCUCCAUCCGCACCGUCGACUACACGGCCGACCCCGUCAACGGCUUCAACGCCGUCGUGCACAGGGAGGGCGGUGCUCACCCCGCCCCCGUCGUGGCCGCCGCUCCCGCCUACGCUGCCGCCCCUGCGCUGGCCUACGGGAAGGAGUUCACCAGAGCAGAUCAGCGCAGCAGAUGUGUGAAAGCGUCUUCCGCCCCACAGUUCGUCGUCCUCGCCGCCCUCGUGGCCGUGGCCCGCGCCGGCUACCUGGGCGCCCCCGCCGUCUACGCCCCCGGCGCUCCACUGGCCGCCCGCGCCUACGCUGCUCCCGUGGCGUACGCCGCCCCCGCUCUCCGCGCCGCCCCUGUGGCUGUCGCCGCCCCCGCCGUGAGGGCCGCCCCUGUCGCCGUCGCCGCCGCCCCCGCCGCCGUCGCUGCCGAGUACGACCCCAACCCCCAGUACAGUUACGCGUACAACGUGCAGGACGCCCUCACUGGUGAUUCCAAGACCCAGCACGAGAGCCGCAGCGGUGACGUCGUCCAGGGCAGCUACAGCCUGGUCGAGCCCGACGGUUCCAUCCGCACCGUGGACUACACGGCUGACCCCGUCAACGGCUUCAACGCCGUCGUGCACAAGGAGGCUGGCGCCCACCCCGCCCCCGUCGUCGCCGCCGCCCCCGCCAUCGCUGCCGCCCCUGCUCUGGCUUACGGCAAGGCCUACCACGGCUAAACUCCAACUCUGCUCAUUUCUCCCAC